GUUUGUAGACUGUAGACUGAUUCUACUUUUUGUCAAGGGAUGUCUCUCUUUCCAUCUCACUCAAUGAUGGAGUAUUCUAUUUAUGGGAUGGUUGAAGAGAUGCAAAGCACAAAGGGAUCUAUAAUGAAGAAGCCAAGGAAAUAUCCUCAUCAUUGCCAACACAAGUGGACACACAAAGAUUACCAGGAGUGUCCAAAGUGGCAUCAGACUGCUCUGAGACUGACCUGCAUUGUCAUAGCUGCACUGGUGGCCACGGUGAUAGGACUAUGUAUUUGGGUAAGUCAUCUAAGCAUAUAUUCCUUCAGUGACAACCACAGUGGGGAGCUAUGUAGUAGUGAGAAUGGAACCAAAUAUUGCAAUUGUAUGAAUCUGUCUCCCAGGAAGCCACCGAACAAUACAAACGCCCCAGCAAAUGUAUGCCCUAAUGACUGGCUGCAGAAAAAAGGAAAAUGCUAUAAGUUUUUCAUGAAUUUUAAAUCGUGGAUCGAUAGCCAAAAAUCCUGUUCAGUAAAAAAAUCACAUCUCUUGAUGAUCCAAGACAAGGCAGAACUGGAUUUCAUACAGAGUAACAUACAGGAUGGAAUCUACUUUUGGAUUGGAUUAAAUGUUUCACAUCCACAAAAGACAUGGACCUGGCUGGAUGGCACACCAUUAAAUCUACAGUUAUUCCAAGUCACAGGCCAAGUGGAAGAGCAUGCCUGUGCUGUGAUAACCAAGAAGGGUAUCUUCUCUGAGAAGUGUUUCAUUCAAAGUUACUGGAUUUGUCAAGAAGUGAUUCCUUCACCAUCAGAGAAUGACCCCUAAACUGAUCUCAGGUCACCAGUGAAAUGCCAUUUGGAGGAAAAUGCAUUCCUGACCAGUCUCUACUCCAGAUUGAAUUAUAUAGAUUUGAUAUACAUUUUCAUAGCUCUUUGGGCUUAUGGAAUCUUAACAGCACUCUGUUUUUCUUGACUCUUACUUAUUUAAUUACUUGUAUUUUUUAAUAGAGCAUAAACACUGCAAGGCCAAUAAUCCUCAUGACUUUAUGGGAUAGGAUACCUGAUGUAUCACAGAUGAUAAAUAAAUACUUGGGCUAUUGAGUACCUGCUUGUAGCAUUUUCUGUGGUUUCCCCAGCCCUAAAUUUACAAGUCUCAUGAUCUCCUCCAUGUCUAGGUAAUCUAGACCUCCAAACAGAGAAAUAAACACUGUGUAAAAAGCCUAAGUGCUAAUUUACAUGGGCAAAUAAAGGAAAUU